GAGAUUGCAUAACUGUCGCGGAGCAGGGCAGGGAGGAUUUCAGGGCCAGGCCGAAGGAGGAAGUGAGCCCCGGUGGGCCCAGGACCAGCAGAUCCUUGCUAAGCGGCUUCCUUGGGCAAAGAGUCCCCCAACGCCCACACAAGGAAGUGGUUACAUUUUUCAGAGGCGAAAAGGGAAGUCGGAGGGAGAAGGGGAAAGAGUGUGCCGCGCUGACUUAUGCGCUUCCUCUCACGCCAGCUCGACUGCACGGCUGCUCACGUCGACUGCUCAGAGUCCGUGAGCUAGCCAGGGCCUCCUUCUCCAGGCAGCAGAGGACAAGCGCCGCUGGUUCCUUUCUCCCCUGGCCGGCUUCAAGGCGGAGAACCUGUCAUGGCUUAUCACAGCUUCCUGCUCGAGCCGAUCGGCUGCCACGCCUGGAAUAAAGACCGAACCCAACUUGCCAUCUGUCCCAACAACCAUGAAGUUCACAUCUACAAGAAGGACGGGAGCAAGUGGAACAAAGCCCAUGAGCUGAAGGAGCACAACGGGCAGGUGACAGGCAUCGACUGGGCCCCUGACAGCAACCGCAUCGUGACUUGUGGGACGGACCGCAAUGCUUACGUGUGGACCCUGAAGGGCAACGUCUGGAAGCCGACGCUGGUCAUCCUGCGGAUCAACCGUGCUGCCCGCUGUGUGAAGUGGUCCCCGAAAGAGAACAAGUUUGCUGUCGGCAGCGGCUCCAGACUCAUCUCUAUCUGCUACUUUGAGCAAGAGAAUGACUGGUGGGUUUGCAAACACAUCAAGAAGCCCAUUCGGUCGACCAUCCUGAGCCUGGACUGGCAUCCCAACAAUGUCCUCCUGGCAGCCGGAUCCUGCGAUUUCAAAUGCAGGAUUUUCUCUGCCUACAUCAAAGAGGUGGAGGAGCGGCCCUCGCCCACCCCCUGGGGCUCCAAGAUGCCGUUUGGGGAGCUCAUGUUCGAGUCGAGCCACAGCUGUGGCUGGGUGCACAGCAUCUGCUUCUCCGAGAGUGGCAACCGCGUGGCCUGGGUGGGACACGACAGCACCAUCUGCCUCGCUGACGCCAACAAGAAGCCCGCUGCGGCUUCCCUGUCCACGGAGACAUUGCCCCUCCUGGCCGUGACCUUCAUCACAGAGAACAGCCUGGUGGCCGCAGGCCACGACUGCUACCCGAUGCUGUUCACCUACGACGAGCAGGAGGGCACGCUGAGCUUUGGAGCCAAACUGGACAUCCCGAAGCAGAGCUCCCAGCGUGGCCUCUCUGCCCGCGAGCGCUUCCAGAACCUGGACAAGAAGGCCAGCUCGGACACCAACAGCUCCACCCUGGACACGCUUCACAAGAACAGUAUCAGCCAAAUAUCUGUGAUUGCCGGUGGGAAAGGCAACUGUUCCAAGUUCUGCACCACAGGCAUGGACGGAGGGAUGAGUGUCUGGGACAUCAAGAGCUUGGAGGGGGCGAUGAAGGGCCUCCGCAUAAAGUGAAGGCGCUGCCCCGGAAAGGGCGGGUCCCUCAGCAUUCCUCCCCACCAGCUUAGCUGCCUGCUUCCUUGCUGUGAUCCCGUGCAUUUAUGAAGACAAUCCCCAACCCGGCGUGCUUUUGCGCCUCUUCUGCUCGCAGAUCUCACGUGCCUCAUGGGCAGAGAAACUGGAAGCGUGGGGUGGAGAAACAUUAAACCAAGUUCUGUACAAAGAAA